GUCAUGUAUGCCAACACUGAGGACGACUUUGACGCUGCCUGGGACCGCCUGUUGGAAGAGUUUGCCGACCAAGACUUAGCUCUGAAGUACAUCACAGACACCUACCUUCCACUGCGAUAUCAAUGGGCCAACUGCUUCAUCUCCCAGUGCGAGAACUUCGGCGUCAGGACCAACAGUCCCACCGAGACUGCCCACAAGGAUCUGAAGUCGUAUGUCAUCAACGGCAACUCCGACUUAUACGCCGUCGCCCAGGCAAUUGAGGAGAUGCUGCGCAACAAGGCCCGUACCUACAGGGAGAGGGUGGCGGCAAUGGAGUCUCGCACUCGUUAUGAGUACCUCCGCCGUGACUGGCUUGAGACCGUCUCCAAGGAGGUUGGCCUGAAAGCACUGAAGACCCUGCCGUUGUCACCACUCUGCGUGGGCGCCCAAAGAACAAGAACAUCGCCUACCACGGCACCUUGCCGACCCCUUCCUCCUCAGGGGCAACCACCUCCUCAGCAGCACCAGGCCGGCCAACGGCGAGGGCACCUAGACAACCUCGCAGAGCUCAGAACCCAGCGUCGCGACCAGUUAGGCAGAGCAUACGCCGUAAUCGGUCAGCGUUCAAGUACGACGACGAGGACGAGUUGGCCUCGCAGAGCACGCAGUCGACCAUAAUAGUGGGCGGAAGUCAAGUGGUGGAAGU